GUGGAAUACUUUGUCUCCCAACAAACAAAACAAAGUAUUUUCGGCAUUGGCACCAAACUUUGUGGUAGAGAUACGAUCAAUGAGCGAUUCGGAAAGUUUCUUUUAUGAGAAAAUGCGUGCGUGGAUUGAAGCAGGAGUCGAAGGUCUCUUGCUAGAUUCUAUUACUCAAAAUGCAAGAAGAUAUUCCAAACGCUUUUAUCAUGUCCACUGGCAAGACUUGGGAAAUCCUCUUUGCGUGCAUUCACAAAUCCUGAAUGAAUUUGUUUUAGAUCUACAAG